UUUCAAGCACCUGGACUUGGGAUGGUUUGGGAACCCUAACAGCUGAUAGAGUGGCACCUCAGUGUUUUCUUCACCCUAGCUAAUUUACAUUAAAAUACCUUGAAAAUCUACUUUGCUGGCUGAAAGGGAAGACCAAAAUCCACACCAAUCAGGGCGUAGAUGACUGGACCACGAUUGGGUGCGAAGGGAGGCAAUAAGUAGCUAAAAUGGAAACCGCAUCACCGAGGGAAGGCCAGAAGAACGCGAAUCCCAUCGAGGCGUUGAGCAAAGAUGAAAUCAUCAACAAAUACAAGGGCCUGUUAAACAUUGCCAAAAAAGCAAAACAGGCGAAAGAUGAACUCACCGAGGAGAAUCGGUUGUUGAAGGAAGCCCUCAAACGGGCGGCGGAAAAGCAGAGCAGCUUACCGGCCAUGCAGGAGAUGCUGCAGGACUUCACCGACAAGAACCUUAUCCUCACGGAACAGCUUAACAGUUUGAAAGCUAAGAACAAGGAGGAUGCGCAGCGUAUGGGGCAACUGGAGAUUGAAAACGAGAGUCUGAAGCGACAGCUGGGCAGGCUGAGCGAUGAAAAUGAUGAGCUUCUGGCGGACGUGGAGCGCAUGGAGCAGGCUAUGCACCAGGUCAACCUCCUGGGCAACGAGCAGCGUAAGAACCUGGAGCUCUUGGAAACGGACAUUGGAAAAAUCAAGGAAGCAGAAGCAGAAAACUCCAAAUUGCGACAACAACUCGUAAUAGUGUCCGAGGAGUCUGCAUUGCUGCAGGAAAAGUACAACGGUCUUAAGGAAAUCAACUCGGAACAGCGGAAAAAGUUCAACUCCCUAAAAGACCGCUUUAUCGAUGUGCACCGUAAACUGAAGGGCCUGAAGGAGUGCAAAUGCGUGCUUCUAGAGACGCAGCACGAAUACGCUGCCUCGGUAUCCAAAUGGCAAGUGGAGAUUAUCAAAGCUUCCCAGUUACUCUGCUCGAAGAUGACGUCCUUGCAGGCGGAGAACGAGAAACUGAAACAGGGCACGGAAUCAUCUGGCAGCGGACCUGAUAGGAAGCGCUUGCUGUUGAGGAUUCACGAUCUUGAGCGGUUGGCAAAGAUUGUGAAGCAGCAACAGCAGGAGCUGCCGAACAGCCAACUAGAUGUAGAAAGUGUCCUCAAAAAGCUAACCACCAUCGAAAAACUGGCCGCAAUAGUCAAAAAUGAGCAGAAUAUGAAUAAAGAGCAACGAUACCAGAAUACAGAGCACCAUUCCAACGAAUUAGAUUUAAGCUUCUUCCAGCAAAAAAAUCAGGAGCUGCAGGAACAUAUCGAAACCCUUGCAAAGGAGUGCAAUAGCCAGAAGAUUAAAAUUCAGGAUCUGGAGGCCAUAUGCGUAGAGUUGCGGCAACACAACGAAGACUUGCUCGCUCGGUUCGGUCUGAAAGAAAAAGAAAACAACGAGUUGCUUGCUGAAAUGCGCGAAUUGAACGAAGCCCUAAAAGGACGAGGAGAUGCCAUCUCGCGACUUCAGGAGCAGCACGAGGCGCAGGCCAAGCGGGAACAUGAACUGGAGGAGCAACUUUCAACCUCUCAGCAAGCGACGCUAGACAAGUCACUGAGAAUAGAUCAGCUCCAGGGUAAAAUCGAGGAACUUGAACAGGCCAACGCGGAUGCCCAGAGUGAUGUACUGUCGACAUCUACAAUAUCACGCGCCGAAGAACUGAGUCGCCUGCGUGAGCUUGAAGACGGUUACGAGGAGAAGUAUCACAAGUUGCGCGCUCUGGCCGCCAAACUUAAGAAGAAGCUGCAAGACCAGACGCAACAGCUACAGGAGAUGGAACAGGGAGGUGCCCUUAAGCAGGAACUGGAGGCCGUCAAAAUGGCCCAGGUUCAGUUGCAGCAGGACCUCAACGCCGCCCGAGCCGAGAACCAGAAGCUCCGUUCCAAAGAGAAGGCAAAGCAUUCCCAUACAAACAAUGUUCUUAAUCUCGAAAUAGAAGCGGCUGAGAAGUCACUGGCCGAUGUCAGUGCAAAGCUCGCUGCCAAGUCAAGUGAGCUCGAUGCCGUCAAGGAGUCAUUGGCCAGCAGAGAGAACACUGUCGCUCAACUGCGCAAGGAAAUCGCCAUUCUGGAGGAGGCCAAGAACGGGGAGGCGGAGCAUUCCCGCCAACUGAAGGAACAGAUCGACCGGAUGCAGGUUCAGGUGAAGGAUGCUGUUCAUGGCAAGCAGCAGGCCCUUAAUCAGAGCAAGGAAUUGGAACAGGGCGUGGAAAAGGCAAAGAUGGAAGCCGAGCAACUGCGUCUACAGUUGGCGGAGGGCGCCCAGCAGUAUGAAUCGAAGUUGAAUAAGGCUACCGAGCUGCUGCAAGCCCGGACGGUGGAGCUUGAAGCUCACUUGGCGGCCCACAACGAGCUGGAGACUGCUUUAAAAAAUGCGGAGAGAGCCCAAGAGGAUAUGCGGGUGGAGUACACCGAAUACAAGCUAAAGGCGCAGGCGGUACUGCGCAAAAACCAGAACAAGGGCUCAAAUCGGGAACAGGAGCUGGAGGAAGAACUGACUGCUUUGCGGGAGAGCGAGCGGAAGCUUAGGGACAGCAACGAUGGCAGGGCGGCGCGACUGGCUCAACUCGAUGGCCAACUGGAGGCAAUGCAGCAGGACAACGCCGCACUGCAGAAGCGAAGCAAGGAACUCUCGGCGUUGGUUGACGAACUGCGUCAACAGAAUGACCUACUCACGCUAGAGAAUCAACGCCAAAUGCAAUUCCAGCAGGAUCUGAUGCAGAAGCAUCGCCAGCAGGUGGACCAAUUAGAAGCCACGCACCAAACGAAGUUAAAGCAGUUGCACCAGCAAUUGGAAGAGUCUCAUAAGGAGCAAGCCAACGCUUCACAUCACAGCAACACUUCCGGCUUGAGUGGCGAGCCCAGUCCGGAGCAGGCAAAGAUCGACUUUCUGCUGCAGGAUCAUGACACAAGUCUGGAUGUCUCUGCCGGCGAUGUCUCCCUUGCCCAACUAGCGGCUCAGCGCAAAAUAUCCACUGCCUCGCGCCGAUCCCACGAUUUUAUGCCACUGGAUGAACUGCUGAAUGCGUCGAUGAACCAAAUUAGCAGCGACACAGUGACCACCAUCUCCAAUUUCGGACGCAGCGUCUCCCAGCCGGAGGAGGACGAUAUGGGAGAUUAUGCUGUGCAGAGUGCUCAACUCCAGGCCACCAAAGAGCGUCUGGGACAACAGGAGAGUCGUAUAAAGCACUUGACUGCUUUGUUGGCCGAGAACGAGCAGGAUUUGGCCAAGCUGACCCAGAUGAACGACAUGCUCAAGGAGGAACUGCGCCGCCAGGAGCGAUCCGAGGAGCGGGAGCAGCACAUGCACAACUCAGAAUAUCUAAAGAACGUAUUUAUAAAGUUCCUUACAUUAAACAAUGCUGACGAGAAGCAGCGCUUGGUGCCCGUACUAAACACCAUUCUCCGGCUAAGUCGCAACGAAAUGGAGAUGCUGAACUGCGUGGCAAAGGGCCAGAAAGUAUCCCCAGAUGGCAGCAGUCGCGGCUGGACGGGAUUCCUUACGGCGUGGGGAGGAAAUAACAAUAACAGCAAUUAAAGGUCGCCGUGGAGUUGUAUUAUCGCUGGGAUUACUGGGAUGUUGUGUGCUUGUGGAAAUAUUCCUCCCGUUGGCCAGUUGCGUACCAUAUGUUAUGUAAAUCUUGUACAAUUAUCUUUUAUAUUAAUGUAUUUUAAAAUUACCCGUUGCUGUUUUGGCACACCGUACUUUGUACACACCCUCCCAUAUUUGUAUGUUUACGUCCCUUAUUUUGAGCGCCCUAUACAGCACUCGUCGAGCAAUAUACACCCAGUGCUAUGCGCACUUCUAUUUACAUACACGGAAAUCAGUCAGUUUCGCAAUGGUUUUUUAAUUGGAAAUUCUAUUACCAUAUAGAUCAGACUAUAAAUCGAUUCUAGCGUUGUCUAUUACUUAGUGUUCCAUUAAUCGUAUUGUAUGUACUAUAUAUAUAUGAACUAUAUAUAAAUAGGAUCGUUAAUUAUGCAUACAUUUACAUUUACUAAGUGUGAAUACUGUCCUGUCCACACUAAAAAUAUAAUUUAUACUUAACACAAGGUAUUUAAAACCAAAUUUGAUGAAUAAAAUAAAAAUUAAAAUUUUCGGACAUCACCGAAGAGUGUAAAUACA